AACUCACAUGGAACUCCUGGCCGGUUCUGUCCCGCGUGCAGCCUGUCCGAGCAUUCACGGACUAGUCCGAGCUCGUGGAUCUAAUCUGUCGCUCUUGAUUACCAAACUUCACACACGACUAUUUUAGAGCAGUUAUUUGCGGCAAACUCGAUAGCUGGCUUCUAAACCUGCACAGAAAGACUUUGUUUACACAUUUGACAGCUGUAGCACACACUGGCAGCCGGCCACAUCACUAAAGGACAAAUCGUUCAUCUCCGGAUUUAUUUUUAAAAAGCCACGGUAACGGUUACAGAACAAAUUAACAAUUUAAAGCGUCGGUGACAGCUUUUUAACGAUCGAGAUGACGGAAGAACUUGAGCAGAUUCUGUCGCAGCUGACACAGCCUGACAAUGCAGUUAUUCAGCAGGCCACAGCCCAACUAAAACAGGCUUUUAAAGAUCCGGCCAUCAUACCAGCCCUGUGUACUGUCAUGAGUGGUUCCCAAAACCCUCAGAUUCGCCAGUCAGCUGCAGUGAUGCUGAGGCUGAGAGUAAAGAAGCACUGGAGGAAAAUAAGCCCUAGUGACAGAGAGAGCCUAAAAACAGUGGUGUUGCAAGCCUUCAUGCAGGAAUCAGAGCACACAGUGCAGCACUCGCUCUCCCAGCUAUGCGCAGUCAUGGUUAAACAUGAGACACCAGACCGCUGGCCUGCCCUGCUGCAGCUUCUUAAUCAGUCAACUAAGAGCACCAACCCUCAUGACAGACAGGUUGGCCUCCUGUUGCUGAAUAAGGUGAUAGAGUCCAACCCUGAACCUUUCAAGCCUCAUUACUGCGAGCUGCUACAGCUGUUCAGUACUGUGCUGCAGGACCUCAACAACCCAACAGCUUUGUACUACUGCAUCCUCACGAUUACAGCCAUAACUGGCUACACUGGCACAGAUGAAAUUAAGCUGAUGCAGUCUAUCAUCCCAAAUUUGACUGUUGCGCUAAAGCACCUCAUCAAAGCAGAUCAGGAUCAAGCCAGUGAGGCCAUGGAGGUGUUUAUUGAGCUCAUGGAGAUUGAGGUGUCCAUUAUCAUGCCUCAUGUUGCUUACAUUGUUAAUUUCUGCCUGGAGGUGGGCAGCAACACGGAACUGAGCGACUCGCUGCGAGUGAAAGCGCUCUCCUGCAUCACUUUCCUCAUCAAGCUAAAGAGUAAGACGGUGUUGAAGCUGAAGCUGCUGAACCCCAUCCUGCUAGCCAUUUUCCCUAUUCUCACUGCAGCCCCUCCACCUGGUGAACAGGAUCCCGAGGAUGAGGAUGACGACAGUGGCAAUGGCACAGACAAUGAAAACCCCAAACACUGCGCAGCUCAGAUGAUUGACACUAUGGCGCUCCACAUGCCUCCAGAACAACUGUUUAAACACAUCAUCCCCCUCACUCAAGGCUGCCUUACCAGUGAAAACCCCUAUCAAAAGAAGGGGGGUCUCAUGUGUCUUGCUGUGCUGGCUGAAGGAUGUGCAGACCACAUACGCACCAAGAUGCUGUCAUCAGUGCUGCAGACAGUAUGCCAGAGUCUUUCAGACAGCAAUCAGGUGGUGCGCAAUGCUGCUUUGUUUGCCCUCGGCCAGUUCUCUGAACAUUUACAACCUGAAGUGAGUAAGUACUGUGCAGAAUUGAUGCCUUUGCUGCUGGGCUACCUUUCAUCCCUGAAUGAGACCAAAGUCGGACAUGUCACUAAAGCCUUUUAUGCUCUGGAGAACUUCAUGGAGAAUCUAGGAGCUGAUAUUGAGCCCUACCUGCCCACUCUGAUGAACACCAUGUUGUCUGCUCUCAACAACACCAGCAACCUCAAAAUAAAAGAACUGGCUGUGUCUGCCAUUGGUGCCAUUGCAAAUGCUGCCAAGGAGCUGCUGGUUCCCUACUUCCCUCCAAUUAUUGAAAGCCUCAAGGGUUUCCUGACCACCACCACAGAGGAGAUGAGGUCUCUGCAAACUCAGUCUUUAGAUACUCUGUCCGUACUGGCCCGCACCAUUGGCAAAGAUGUCUUCAGUCCUCUUGCAGCAGAGUGUAUUCAGCUGGGCUUAAACCUCACUGAUGCCAUUGAUGACCCUGAUCUGAGACGCUGCACGUACAGUCUGUAUUCUGCCGUAUCCACCGUCAAUCCUGAAUGCUUGACUCCCCACCUCACUGCCAUAACAACCGUAAUGCUGCUCGCCUUAAAGUCCAAUGAAGGCAUCACGGCUCACCUCGAAGAGGAUAAGACUUUUGUCUUACUAGAUGAGGAUGACGACGAUGACCAUGACAACAAUGGAGAAGAAAAAGCUACAGAGGACUUUUUGGGAGAUGAGCCAGAGCCAGAGACAGACAUCAAUGAUGUUGCAGGGUUCAGUGUAGAAAACUCCUACAUUGAUGAGAAGGAGGAUGCCUGCGAUGCUCUGGGAGAGAUUGCCUUCAGCACUGGUGCUGCCUUCCAGCCCUUCCUGGAGUCCAGCUUCCAGCAGGUUUAUGAGAUGAGAGAUUUUCCCCACGAGGACGUCCGCAGGGCAGCACUGGGAGCCAUGGGCCAGUUUUGUCGAGCUCAGCACAAAGUGUGGAAGGAGAAUACUACUGAUGCCAACCACCAGGCCCUGCUGAAGUUACUGGAUGUGGUGCUUCCUUGCUUUCUGGAAACGGUGCGAACAGACCGCGAACGCCAGGUUGUAAUGGGUGUCCUCGAAACCAUGAACAAUAUGAUCAAGUCCUGCAAGGAGGAGGUUUUCAAAAACCCGUCACGCCUCAAGGAGAUCUGUAAUGUCAUACGUGACGUGCUCGCAAAGAAGACUGCUUGUCAGGAUGGGGGUCAUGAUGAAGUUGAUGAUGAAGAUCAACAGGCAGAGUAUGAUGCCAUGCUCCAGGAAUUUGCAGGGGAAGGAAUUCCCUUGUUGGCCUCAUCUGUCCCUGCAGACAAGUUUGCUCCUUUUCUCAACGACCUGCUGCCUCCGAUCAUGAGCAAAGCUAAAUCCUCGUGCACCGUGGCAGAUAGAUCCUUUUCUGUGGGUACUAUUGGAGAAAUCCUCCAAGCCCUGGUGAGUGCACCAGGAGGCCGAGGGCUGGCAGGCCGACUGUCCAAUCGCUUGCUUCCCGUGCUGGUUGCCGGAGUGAAGGACCGCGAUGCCGAGGUUCGCAACAACAGCGUGUUCGGGCUGGGAAGCCUGGCUGAAGCAGCUGGACCUGUCAUCGUAACAGACUAUCCCAUGAUGUUGUCUGUGUUUUCUAACCUGCUAACCAAGGAGUCUGACCUCAGGGUGAUCGACAACCUGUGUGCUGCCCUCUGCAGGAUGAUCAUGAGCAACGUGGAUGCUGUUCCUCUGGAGCAGGUUGUGCCUGCCCUGGUGACACGUCUUCCACUGAAAGAGGAUCUUGAGGAGAACAAAACUGUGUAUAACUGCCUGGCUAUGCUCUACAAACACAAUCCUGUCCUGAUUGUAAAGUUAAUGAAGCCCAUAGUUGCUGCUUCCAGUGACGUGAUCGACAACAAGGACGUUGAUAAAGAAACUCAGAACACUUUGCUUGUACUGAUGAGAGAAUUCGCUCAGAACCACGCCGCAGACUUCCAAGCUGCUGCACGCUCCCUCCCUGCAGAGAAGCAAGCCAAACUCAGCGCAGCCAUCAGCACUUCAUAGCUGAAACACACCCUUCUUCUUACUGGUGGCAGCCAGCCAAGACGAUUAAUUUUAUACUGUAGGUGGGGAAUGGGACGUUUGUGUGCUACGUUUCUCCAGAAUGAUCUAAAUACUGCACUUCAGCUGUUCUACUAAAGUUCUAACAUUCAG